AUGCCUUCCCCAACCUCUCCUGGAUUACACCGUCGCAAGUCAAGCAAGGACGCUUCCAACAGCGAAGCUUUUGACUCAGCCACAGCACCAGUAAAUGGCACCGGAGACGUGAAUAACAUCGUCGUUUCACCUCCUCCUGAGGACGACCCAACGACGACUUCCCCGACUUCCGAGUUCAAGUCUCAGCAGCAACAGCCACCUCGGUCUCACCUAGACUUUCCUUCAUCCUCGCCGACCAAUCCGUCGCCUUUAAACUCGUUUGGACAAACGAAGCCAACACUGAAUGGAAAGCGCGGGCCUGGCCAUAACCCUCCGCACCUGACGCUCGUCGGACCGCCCCCUGCCCCCCGGAACGGUCUGCAACGUCCACCAGGCGGCCAUUCUCGCAGCGUGUCCUUUGCCGGACCCGUAUCCAGUCCUCUACGGAACACAUUCGUACCUUCACCCUCUCUCAACGGGGCGAAUGGCGCAGGAGGGCACCAACAUCAGUACGCACACAGCCAUACCCACAGCGCCGCAGGCAACCUCGCAAGCCCGUACCGCGCCUCCUUUCCUAACAGCUUAGGACCAUCCCCUGCUUCACCAUUGAGUGCCCCUGGCGGACCUGCAGGUGGCCACCUCCGCACACGCUCGAUCUCAGCGUACGCGAGUACACCUGGUCACCUACCCUCGCCUCUAACGCUGAACCAUUCGAAUGGGUACAACUCGCCAGGUUCGGCGCUACCUUCGAGUAGUACAUUACCGAACGCGUCUUUUGGACAGCAGCAGAAUGGGCUGGGUGUGGCUGGAGGCGGAGGGGGAGGACAGCAGCCUGUUACAACGAUAUCCCCGUACCUACCCCUCGACUCUUCGGACGCACCCUCUUGGGCAGCCCAUGCUUCAGCAUCGAUGGUCCCUCCCAGCCCUAUCACGCCCAACUCUGCUUCAUACCCUCCUCCUCCCCCCUCUCACUCGACGAAUGCAGUCUCAUCUUCCCCGCCGCAGUCCACCAUCGGCUCCUCAGCAGCAGCAGCCCGCCACAAACGCCUGCACUCGCGCAACCUAUCCGUCUUCUUCCCCCGGCCAGGUAUGAAUUUGCCUUCGACUGUUCCCGAGGAUGGCGGGAGUGGGGAAGGCGGUGAUGAGGAGGGACAGGAACUGGAGAUUCCGAGUGAGUAUGAUGGGCCGAGUGGGGGUGUUAUGAUGCCUAAUGCGGGGUCGAGUGUGAGUCUACCUUCGAACCGGCGGUACAGCCGUGGAGGAGGAGGAGCGAACCCGCCUAUCACGCCCCUCGGACAGGGGUUCAAGUUUGGUGGACGACCGCCCCCAGGCGAAGGUAGUGAAUCCGAGGAGGGGAUGCCUAUGCCGCAGGUGAACCGAGCGAAGAGGAGGGGCCACCACCACAAGCACUCGCUCUCGCACAAUUUCUUUUCGUUCCUCGAGCCAGGGACGGGUCCAGCGGCCUCACAGGGGCAGGCUGCCAACUUGCAUUCGCAGCCCACGCCGACGCCUGUCUCGCCUUGGGCGCCGAUCUCUGCGUUCCCGGAUUCGGCUGCUGCCAGUGGAGGCUUCCCGACUGCUGCUCCUACACCCUCUAUUACCCCGUCACAUGCGAGUCACGGGCUGACGGUUUCACAUCUUCCUCCGGUUCCUUCGCAGGAGAUCUCUACCGUGGCGCUGGGAGUGACGAUUGCGCAGUUUGUGCUUGGUGCGAGUAUGUGGGUUGUCGGGCAGCAGAUCGGGUCGUUGAGUGUGACGGGGUUGGGGUACUGGAUUGUUUUUGAUAGUUUUGGUGUUGGGGUGAGCAGGGUUGUGCCGGGGUGGUUGGAGGGUGGGAAGUUGUUUGGUGGGAGUGGGGGUGGAGGUGGGACGGGGAGUGAGGAGGAGAAGAAGAGGAUUAAGAGGCCUUACGGGAAUGGACGAUACGAAACGGUGUUACUUUUCACUCAAGCCGUAUACUUGAUGUUCUCGAGUGUAUAUGUGUGCAAAGAGACGGUUGAGCAUCUACUGUUGAGCGCGGGUGGGGAGGGACAUCACCAUCAUAGUGGGGACGAGAUUGAGGGUGCUGGAAUCGAGUUCCCUAUCUUUAUGGUCCUCGUUACAUUCCUUACUGUCCUUGCUACUUCCCUCGUGUUUGAUAAUAAUUCGAGAUUGGUUAACAUCUCGGGUAACCGCCUCCCCUCUCUACACACUCUUAUCCGCACGCUCAAGUCCAAACGCAACACCCACUUUAUCGAACCUCCCCCGACACACCCGUUGGCGAUCGUACUCUCCAACCCGUACGCUGCAUGUCCCCUGGCCUUUUGUGUGGCGAUUUUGGGAGUUGGGAUCUUCGUUGCUCAGGAACACCACCGCCAUGCUGACCUGUUGCUUUCGUCCGUGAUGGCUGUCUUUACGUUCAAUGUGGCGUACAAGGCGUGUGUGGUGCUUGGUGUUGUGUUGUUGCAGACUUCACCGCCGAGAGGGUUGCCGGCGGGCAAGAUGGAGUCGUUCUUGAGGGCUAUGCGUGAGGUCGAACGUCAUCCACAUGUCGUGCACCUCCCCGCCCCGCACAUUUGGCAACUAACAGCGAGCACCGCUGCGCAAAAAUCCUCUUCCUCCUCCCCGCACCCGCCACCGACGCACCGGCCGUCCAAGUCCCUCGCGGCGCUUUCAAUUCCGAACUUGGGAGCGCCUGCGGAUCAGUUGGUUGUGACGUUGGAGGUGCAUGUAAAGAAGGAGUUGGGUGAUGAUGAUGUUUUGGCGUUGACGAAGUGGGUGUGGGAGAGGGUUGUUAAUGCGCUUGGGGGGUAUAAGGAGUUUAGGGAGGUUGGUGAGGUUGGGGGGCCGGAGGUUACUGUUGGUGUUGUGAGGGGGUGA